AAUUCAUCCGAAGCAAGUGUUGAGUUUUCUGAAAUUGAUUUGCUCCUAUCAAGUUUUCAUUGUUUUUCAAUACAAAAAAAUAUAAAGAAUUCGUUUGGAAUUAAUAUAUAGACAAUGGCAGCCAGUAAACGUCUACAGAAGGAAUUGGGUGAUUUGAAAUCAUCGAAUUUAAAGUCUUUUCGGGACAUUCAAGUAGAUGAAUCAAAUAUUUUGUCAUGGACUGGGCUCAUAAUUCCGGAAAAUCCACCAUAUUCGAAGGGAGCAUUUCGCAUUGAAAUCAACUUUCCUGCCGAAUACCCGUUCAAACCGCCGAAAAUUUGCUUCAAAACCAAAAUCUACCACCCUAAUAUAGAUGAAAAGGGUCAAGUAUGUUUACCAAUUAUCAGCACAGAAAACUGGAAGCCUGCCACAAAAACAGAUCAAGUUAUUCAAGCGUUAAUUGCAUUGGUGAAUGAUCCGGAGCCUGAACAUCCGUUGCGUGGUGAUCUGGCAGAAGAAUUUUUGAAGGAUAACCGUCGAUUCAUGAAAAACGCUGAAGAAUACACGCGUAAAUAUGGUGAAAAGCGACCCAGCGAGUAUUAGAUCAAAUCGAAUAUUACCAGUUAUCUGAUGAAAAAAGCAAGAACCUAACGCUAAACCACCACCACCACAACAACAACAACCACAACCCACAACCAACAAUAACAACGAACAAGUGAAAUCACGAUGAAAACAAUAACAUUUGUCUUUGCCGAACAUUAUUAUAAAAAGGCUCUUCAAUUCGAAAUAAUGUAAAAAUAAAAAAUAAGGCUUUCAUAGCUAUUUAAUUGAA